AUGACGGCCGAUGACAAAGCGAUGCUGGCACACAGCCAGGCCCAACCCACGAGCCGGAGAACCGUGCGACGCAGGUUCAUCGUUAUCGGGGCGAUCGCCAUGGUUCUCGUGAUUGCUUUGGCCGUUGGCCUGGGAAUUGGUUUGACCGUGGGCCGGCCCACUGGUAACUCGGACUCCUCCGGCUCAGCCGCUUCAGCAACUCCCAUCUCCGGUGCCGACUCUGAGGUGCCCGCCUCGGUUUGGAAGCCAACAAGCGGUUUGACCUGGAACUACAAUCUACACGCUGCGGUGCAAGACACCUCCAACCAGGGAAUCGAUGUCUGGGACAUUGACCUCGUCGACAACAGCGCUUCAACCAUCAAAGCCUUGCAAGACCAAGGUAGCAAAGUCAUCUGCUACUUCUCCGCUGGCAGUUAUGAAGACUGGCGACCGGAUAAGGGAGAGUUCCAGGAUUCAGACCUUGGCCACGACCUUGAUGGCUGGCCGGGCGAAAAAUGGCUCAAUAUCAAUAGCGACAACGUACGCAGGAUCAUGGAGGCUCGUCUCGACAUGGCGGUGGAUAAGAAAUGUGAUGGAGUGGAUCCCGACAAUAUCGACGGCUUCGACAACGAUAACGGUCUCGAUCUGACGGCUCAAGACUCGGUCAACUACAUUGCCUUCCUCGCCAAAGCCGCACACAAUCGAAACCUCUCGAUUGGCCUGAAGAAUGCGGGGUCCAUCAUACCCGACGUCCUCGACGUGGUACAGUUCAGCGUCAAUGAGCAAUGUCUCCAGUACGACGAGUGUGACACGUUCAGGGCGUUCAUUGACCAGGACAAGCCCGUUUUCCACGUUGAAUACCCCAAGGGUGACGAUACCAACAACAACCUGUCAGUCUCGACGUCAAGGUUUGACGAUAUCUGCGAUGCUUCCUCUGCGCAAGGCUUCUCCACCAUCAUAAAAAAUAUGGAUCUUGAUGCAUGGACCCAAGAGUGUCCCAAGUCCUAA